GCAUGCUUUGGGAAAAAGCGAGUCAAUCGAGCAGAACUUCUGUCUCUAAUCUAAGUUUCCUCUUCAAUGGCGUGGCUCCGUUUGUUAACCAUUAUCGUAAUCUCAUGUCUUUCUAAAGCGCAUCCGCAGCUUCAGUCAGGACUGGACCUGGGUUCGCUGACACGAGAACUGUUGCACUCAGCCAAGGAACCCGCGUUCUUCGAUUGGUUAAAGAGGGUAAGGAGGAGAAUCCAUGAAUACCCAGAAUUAGCAUUCCAAGAACACGAGACUGGUCGACUCAUAAUGUCCGAGUUGGAAUCGCUUGGGAUCGACUACUCAUGGCCUGUUGCAAAGACUGGUAUUGUGGCCUCCGUGGGGUCAGGUCUUGAGCCCUAUUUCGGUCUUCGAGCUGACAUUGACGCCCUUCCUAUCCAGGAAUUGGUGGAGUGGGAGCAUAAGAGCAAGAAGCAAGGGAAGAUGCAUGCUUGUGGGCAUGAUGCUCACGUGACAAUGCUGCUUGGAGCAGCCAAAUUACUUGAGCGAAAGCGAGAUGAGUUGAAGGGCACUGUUAAGCUUGUUUUUCAACCUGGAGAAGAGUCUUACGCUGGUGCUUACCAUAUGAUAAAAGAGGGUGCAGUUGAUAAUGUCCAUGCCAUUUUUGGCUUACAUGUUACACCAGAAUUACCCACCGGAACCGUAGCCUCCAGACCUGGCCCUAUGCUUGCUGGCUCAGCCAGGUUCCAAGUCAUAAUCCAAGGGAAAGCUGGGCAUGCUGCUCAGCCUCAUACUACUAGAGAUCCCGUACUUGCUGCAUCAUUGGCUAUCCUUGCUCUCCAACACCUCGUUUCUCGAGAGACGGAUCCUCUUGAACCCAGGGUUGUCUCAAUAGGGUUCAUUCAAGCCGGUCAAGCAGCAAACGUUAUCCCAGAAACAGUAAGCUUUGGAGGCACGUUUCGGAGCAUGAGCAACGAAGGCUUGUCUUAUUUGCAACAGAGGAUCAAGAAGGUGAUUGAGACUCAAGCAAUGGUACAUCGAUGUACUGCAACCAUAGACUUCUUUGAGGAAACAAUGAGACCUUACCCUGCUACUGUCAACGAUGAAUCAAUGUAUGAACAUGCGAAAAAGGUUGGAGAAUAUGUGGUUGGGAAAUCUAAUGUACUAAUGAUGCCGAUGACCAUGGGAGCAGAAGAUUUCAGCUUCUAUUCGAACAAAAUGGCGGCUGCCUUCUUCGUGAUUGGGACAAGAAACGAAACACAAAAACCAAACUACGGAUUGCACUCACCUUACUUGAUUAUUGACGAGGAUGUUCUUCCCAUUGGAGCAGCCUUCCAUGCUGCAGUAGCCAUAUCUUAUUUGGAUAAUCAUGGCAGGUAACUUUUUAUUAUUAUCUUAGGAUGAAGAUUGGACACAUCAAAAUUAUUACAAGCAUCAUAUUAAACUUGCCACCCAAGCAAGAAUUUGAACUCAUAUUUUCCCAAACCUUAAUUUUUGUUUUGUGAAGCAAUACCUUCAUUCAUUGCUCAAAUCAAAGCUCUUUAAAAAUUGAAUCA